CGCCGCAAGCCAGUGACGCGCCCGCGAGCCUCCUUGCAGCCCGGAGCACGGGCGCUCCGGCCCACGCCCUCCAGAUCAAUGCCCUGCUCCACGGCGCCCUCCACCACACAGCCACGACGCCAUGCCCUCCCGCACGCUGCGACGAGCUCGCCUGCACGGGAUACGCCACACCUCUACGCGCGUAUAGAGGGAGAAAAGGAAAUGGCUCGGGAUUGAGGUGCGGUAUUGUACAUGCAACGUUUUUUUCUUGCUGCUUUUUUUUUUAAAACUGUUUUUUUCUUGCUGCUUUUUUUUUAAAACUGUUUUUUUCUUAUUGCUAACGGACACCCCAGGGGCUGCCUAGGCUGACACGUUACUUAGAGUCUUGGACCUUGGCCCAGCCCAAAGCAGGUCGGCGGCGCUCUAGGGUUUGCUCGAUUGGCUCGGCGGCGGGCGGCGGCUGGCGAUUGGCGAUGGCAUCUGUAGAGGAGUUGGAGGAUGAGGAGGAGGAGGAGGAGGUGGAGGACGUAGAGCCUUUAUUGUACGACCGGGCGAAGUGGGUGGCCUGGGCGGUGGAGGAGAAGGAGAGGUCCCGGCGGGAGGAAGAGGAGAAGGCUCGGAAGCGGGAGGAGAACCGGCGGAGAAGCGAGGCACACGACAAGGUCAUGGACUCCAUCAUCGAGCACGAUCCCAAGGCUGGGCGAAAGGUCUACACCCGGUUUUUCCUCAGGGACUUCUCCGUCUUCAACAUCGACGAGGAGUCGUCUGUCCCUCCAAUGCGAUACACCGAUAGUAUCUACCAAGAUGAAUUUGGGCUAGAAGACUCUGCAAACAUCCUCUCUGUCAGCAUAGUCUCCUCAGAUGUAGGCUUCCCAGUCGAUGUCUAUGGCCGUGUCAUUGCCAGAGACAGCAUUGACUACAAGUGCAUUUAUCUCUUUCACCGCAAUAGAGAUGAUUGCCAGCGUGUCAACGAGGAUGGAAUGCUGAUUUUAACUGGCCCAUAUCGAGGUCUAGUGCUGGUUGAUUUCAUCUAUCUAGAGAUAGAUCUUAAAAUCAGGGAAGAAGGAGUUCCAGAAAGGCCAUUUAGCAAGGGUCUAAUAAGUAUUGAUGGCCGAGUACUGUCUAGAGAGAAAGAUGUCAUGGUUAGAAGUGAAACCCUUGAGAGCUGGCUCAGCACUACAGAAGUGAGAUUCACAACUGUCCUGAACGCAGUCGAGUGCACCUUUGAAAUCAAGCUCACUGAGGGGCUUUUUAAAGGAAAUAUAACAGUUGGCAUCGCGGAUAAAGCUCGCAAGCUGGACAAUGAACACACGAUUGUGAUUCAUGACAGCACAGCAGAUGGCGUGGUUACAAGUGAUGAAAGUGGAGUUAUCAAACUCCGGCGAAGUGUCAUUACUAUCUGUCUGGAAAGAAAUGUGAUGUUUCGCAUAAAUAAUGAGGCUGCUGGUGUUUGUGUUGAACGAACCUUUGGUUUCACUCCACGCCGCACUGGUGUAGAUGAAGAGAAAAUUACAUGUGGUGCUGGGAAGUUCGGAUUCAGGAUUGUCUGGUCCUUGAUGGACUUUAGGCUGUAAUCCUGUGACUUGGUAAACUUAGUUCUGAUGUAAUGAAGUGAUGCAAUGAUGUAGUGAACUAUGUUAAUCUUGAUGUAAUAAUGUGGUGCACUAAGUUAUAUUAUUGUUAUUAAGUAACUUGAUGGAUUAUAAGUAAUGAGUAGCGAACUAA